CGCAUAUGUAGGAAGUGCUUAUGGCUUAUUUCAGAAACCUUUUUUUCAUGCUGUCUGCGACGGCACCUACUAUGAGUUAUUUCGGUGUAACACGCCUUUUUUGUUCCACCUCAUUAAUACCUCUAAGUACGACCAACACUUCCGACGUUUUGCUUCACGUGAAUAUAGUGGUGUUUUGUACAUGACUCCAAAUGACUUUCUGCAAUCCCUUUUUCAGGAAAAGCCUCCUUGUACAUUCUAUCUUAAAAAAAUUUUGGAAAAAUCCGUUCGAUGCGGAUCAUCCGAUCUUUUUCGAAAACUUGGGAACCAGGGACUUAUUUCCUUUACGGAUUAUUUGUUUCUGUUGGGGUUGCUCAAUAAGCCGAGCUCCAGAUUUGAAGUUGCUUUCAACGUUCUUGAUGCGGAUUCGAACGGAGAAAUUGAUGCAGAUGAGUUUUCCUUGGUAAGAGUUAUUGUUUCUAACCUUUACUCGAAUCAGCUCUAUGGCGUCUCCGCUGGCGUACCUAGUCAAAUGCAAUCAAGCCAUGACCACCUUUCAUUAUUUUCAACAGUAUCCUCAAGUCAUAGAUUUGUUGAAAACUUACAAGAUGAGAUCCUUGAAGUCGAAUUUACUCUCUCCUCCUCAAACGGUGUGACUAUCUCCCCCACGAAUUUUGCUCGGGUACUGCUCCACAACACUGAUCUUCCUGAAUCACGAUAUGAUGAAUUCCUAUCGAGAUUAAGUCGACUUCCGACAGACACAGAGAUCACGCUUGAGGAUUUUAAAGGGUUCUACAAAUUCAUGAAUCACCUUGACGACUUCCGUAUGGCCAUGAAGAUGUACACGCUAGCCAAUAGGCCCAUUUCUCAAGCUGAAUUUAGACAGGCUAUUCGCGUUUGUGCCAACCUGGAGAUUGGAGACCAGGCUCUGCAAACGCUCUUCUGUAUGUUCGACUCUGAUGGUGACGGCCACAUUAGUCCAGAGGAGUUCAUGGUUUUAUUCAGGAAUAUAGGUAUUUGGGAGGACUACAAAAAGUGCGUGGGACGCGCAAUACGAGAGUAUUAA